UUUCUCACUACCGUCACCAACGCAAACUCAUUACUUCAUCAUUAUCAAAUCAUAGGCGAUACCCGAGAUUAGGGUUUUCUCUCUCUCGUUGAAUUCCGAGUUUUUGUUCUCGUGUUGCGGUUCUCUUAAUCAAGGUUUCGUUUGUGAUUUGGUGGUCAGGGAUUUCUGGUAGAAGAUAUUGAUAAUCCCGGGUCAAAUUUCAUCCAUAUAUUCAUAAGAGCGUGAAUGAGAAUAUGAUGGAGUCGAAAGGUGGUAAAAAGAAGUCUAGCAGUAGUAAAUCCUUAUUCUACGAAGCUCCCCUCGGCUACAGCAUUGAAGACGUUCGCCCUAACGGAGGAAUCAAGAAAUUCAGAUCUGCUGCUUACUCAAACUGCGCUAAGAAACCAUCCUGAGACGUCUUGACUGCUCCAACGUAGUCUUCGGUUAGCGAAGUUUUAAAUAAAUAUAGUUUUCUUUUUGUCAAACUCGGUGUCUGCUGAUUCCCCCAAUCCCCUCGUUCUCUCCUCGAAGAAGUUUUUUCCUUUACAAAAGGCGAGAUGGCCUUGCCUGUUUCUGCAAUCGGAUUUGAAGGCUACGAGAAGCGGCUCGAGAUAUCUUUCUUCGAGCCCAGCUUGUUUCUAGAUCCCCAAGGAAAAGGACUUCGUGCUCUGGCCAAGUCCCAGUUGGAUGAGAUACUCCAACCUGCUGAAUGCACGAUCGUUUCAUCUCUUUCAAACGAUCAAGUUGACUCAUACGUCCUCUCAGAGUCCAGCCUCUUUGUCUACCCUUACAAGGUCAUCAUCAAGACUUGCGGAACCACAAAGCUGCUUCUCUCCAUUCCGCCGCUCCUCAAGCUGGCCGGUGAGCUCUCUCUGGCGGUGAAGUCUGUGAGGUACACUCGUGGAAGCUUCAUAUGCCCUGGCGGUCAGCCUUUCCCUCACCGCAGCUUCUCUGAAGAGGUUUCCGUUCUUGAUGGGCAUUUUGCUAAGCUGGGUUUGAGCAGCUCCGCUUACGUGAUGGGUAAUGCUGAUGAAUCAAAGAAAUGGCACGUCUACUCUGCUUCUGCCAAUGACGUGAGCCGAUCCGCUGGUGGAUACAAGAACGUUUACACACUGGAAAUGUGCAUGACCGGUCUGGACAGAAAGAAGGCAUCAGUGUUCUUCAAGACCGAGUCAGGUUCGACCACAUCAAUGACUGAAGGAUCUGGAAUCAGGAAGAUCCUGCCGAACUCGGCUAUCUGCGAUUUCGAGUUUGAGCCGUGCGGCUACUCCAUGAACAGCGUAGAAGGAGAUGCGGUCUCCACCAUCCAUGUGACGCCUGAAGAUGGGUUCAGCUACGCCAGCUUCGAGUCAGUUGGGUACGAUCUCAACGCUGCGGAACUGAAGGGUAUGGUGAGAAGGGUGCUGGAAUGCUUUGAGCCCAAGCAGUUCUCGGUGGCUAUACACGCUGACAUGGCGGAAGGAGUGCAUGGAAAGGCGAUAGAUAUGGAUGAUUACGUGUGCGUGGAAAGGAAUGGAGAAGCUGGGGGAAGAGAGAGGAGCGGUGGUGUAUCAGGGGUUCGAGAGGGUGGCCGCGGCUUGUGGGUCGCCGAGAUCGAUCUGAAAUGUGGAUGGAGCAGUGAGGACGAGAAGGACGAGGGAAUCUAGCACUACAUUCGAGUAAUAAGUGUCUUUUGUUUUGAGUUUUAUGUUCGUGUCUGAAUAAAGAGCCUGUCGGACACCAGAGACUUGUGGUGGUGUUCGCAGGCGCGUCUGGUCUGGGGUGUUCAGUUCUUGUGGUGAUGUAUGUCUCCGGAUUCUAUGCCCUUUGGUUUUUAAUGAUAUUAUUUUUCUGUUGCUUAUUAA